AUGCCGCCGAAGCUGACCUCCAAGAACAUCUUCGAUGUUCUCUUCGAUGAGCUCCCCGCAGAUGCUUUUAUUGACACUGGGCCGGCCUCUCUCAAGGAGGAGCUCAUGCUCGAGGCGGCGGGCAUGCUCAGCAGCACCGCCGAGGGCACCGGAGGUCAACGCAGUGCCCAGCGAGGCGGUACCAACGCCGCCAAUGGUAGUGGUGGUGGAGGCGGGCCCACGAGCUAUCGGCGUCACCUUCUCCCUUCAGCCUUUGUGGCGGCGACGGCGGCCAUCGUGCGGUCAAGCGGUCGCUCGGCACCCGCCGCGUCAGAGGACACUGCAGGCGCUGCGGCUGCCGAGCAGUGGGGAGACCUGCAAGACGCUGACGUUCUGGACGCCGAGGACCUUGAUGACGGCACUUCAUCGCCGCUGACGGCACAUGCGCGUCCGCCAGCUUACACGUUGGCGCCUGCACGCACAACGGAGGUCUCCUCUGGCAGUGUCUUUCGCAGAGUGGACGAUGAGGUGGAUGGCGGAAGUGCUGAUCACUUUGCGGCCAGGCGACGGGGCAUCCACGACGCUCACAAGCGGCGCGACGGCGGCUGUGAUGUCACGGAUGCGGAAAGCGGCUUCGACCUGCAGAUGAACGCCGAGGACGACGCGGUAAAGGAGGCCACCAAGUACGCCGGCUGUGUGGCAGAAAUCCAGGCGACCGAGAAAGCCGGCACUGAGCAACAGACGGCGUACUCUGGGCAGCCUGUCGGCGGCGGCAGUAAGCCGAACCUGCCUCAUGCUCGUCCUGUAGCGAGCAGCGCAGGUGCCGGAAUCGGGCCCGGUGUCGGUGUAGUCCGCUGUGGCACCGGGUUGUCGGUCAGCGAUGACGCCGCUGCUGAGGGGACCGUACCUGCGACAGUGACGAGCGUUACCGCGCAGGCGACAGCGGGCAUCAAAACAGGUGUGCUGGUGGAGGCUGGGGCGUCGUCAGCCGCCGUCUCCGGAGCAGCGGGUCCGCAUGGCGAAGGUCCGAUCGACGACCAGGCACUUCCCUCUUAUGCACAAGGUCGAUCUCAGGCGCGCGGUACCGGGCAUGCAGCCGUCAGUGGUGGCCAGACAGUGUCUGCCGCAGGAGGGCCGCUUCUUCAGCGACCUUUCGGCGUUGCCCGCGCACCACAGCGAGGUGGCACUCUCACGGCGGCUGAGCAGCUUGCCCUCAUGCCUCCAGGUCUCGAUCGCGUGUACACCGGCGCCUGCGUCAUGUAUCGCCACCCGAAGAACUUCGGCUUUGUCUCGCCAGACGUGGGCGGCCCGGACGUGUUCUUCAUCAUUAGCAGCAUCGCCCUCUCCUUUACGAGACUAGCGCUCCGGGCCUUCUACCUGCGCAGUGGCAUGCCGGUGCCGCCCUCCGUCGCCGCUGCGUAUCGUGUCGGGGCUGCAAACGACAGUUCAACGCCGACUGGCGGAGAUGGGGCACCGAUCAGUGGCACGACGACAGCUAUGACGGACGCUGCAACGGCAGCGGACGCGAGCAGCACGGCGCCGGCUGAAGUUUCGGCGCUGACACCCGCGUUCCCCAGAGUCGCAGCAGGCGUCACGGCUGCUAGAGAUGGACAGGCAACGAUAGCCGGCGCCGUGCUUAACGAGGUAGGCGUUCUCGGGGCCACACCUGUGUCGACGACUCGGCCGGCGGACGCUGGCGACCGCGUCUCCAUACCGCCAACCACAGCAGAGGAGCUCGCGUGGGCGGAGACGGCUGCUUCGCUGCUUACCAGUGCCACCGCGCGGCUUCUCCAGUACCAAGUGGAUCAAGGCAUCGGCGGCGGCCUUCGGGUUGGGGAUCGCAUGAGCUUCAUCGUCACCCGCAACCACGCCGCGCGUGGCGGAAACGGCCGCCUGCUGCGAGCCGAGUUCAUCCGGGGUGUGCCGGCAGUGCAGCUGGCGAUGCCCUUGGAGCAAAGCUGGUUCCAUCCGUUGUUCCCUGGUGCCAUCGGCCAGAAGACCAGCGCACCGUAUGGCGCCCCCUCAAGGCCACCACCACCACCCCCUCCUCCUCCUCCUCCCUCUUCAUCGUCCGCUGAGGGCGGUGGCAGAGAAGCGUCAAGUGCGGUGGAGCCUCUUGGCCCCGUCGGUUCUACCUCCACGGCCCUCACUCGCUACACUGGCUGCGUGCGCACGUACGACGCGGAGGAGCAGCGCGGCUACAUCCGCUGCGACGAGUCGGAUGGCAGCGGUGGCAGCAACACGCCUGAUGUCAUCUUCUACGCGCACUCAGUGCUUUGGGACUUGACGCGCUGCCCACCGCUGAAGCGACAGGUAAAGGAGAGCAUGCGGCUGGCCUACAGUGUAUGCGGGACAGAACGCAACGGCAAGUACAUCGCCACCCUCAUCACCAACCCAGACGGCGAGCCUUUCUGCGAGGAAAAUAUGACGUUCGCCCAGAACGUGCUGCCGUUUUUCAUGGCUGACGGGGGUGGUCCGAGCAGGCGGCGUGGGCGUGGCGAGGACGGUGGCGGUGUUGGCAGCGGCCGCGCCGUGAUGGGUACAGACGGUGGCGCCGGCGCCAGUGCCGAGGAUGUCGGAGGCGACCGCAAGCGUGUUAAGGCAGCAGAAGACGACAUGCUACUUCUCUAUGCCGAGGAUGACUACCCGUUCAUGUAA